AUGGAAACCAUCCAACCUCUGGAAGAAGCUCACACCAAAAAAAGUAAACGACCGCUGCCAGAGAGCGACACCAAAGAAACUUACGAAACAACAAUUUCAAUACCUGUCCGUGAAAGUGAAUCCGUUGAUACUGAAGUCAAAGUCAACGUCGAAACGGAAGAGUUCGGUUUUUGGAGAACAAAUGCGUUCAUUCUUGCAGUACUUACCUGCUUUAUAGUACUGUUUGCAGUUAAAAAUACGCCUAUUCGUGUCGCCGUCGUAAUUUGUGCGGUUAUUUUUGCAAAUCUAGUGUGUUUUUGCAAAGGAUGCGCAAAGAAAUCGGGUUAA